GCGGUCCGGAGCAGCGGGUGGCCGUAGUGCCCGGGCGGCACCAUGCUUGGUGUGGUGCACUUCCUUCGCAGCUUCUUCAAGACUCCAGAGCCAGGCGUGCCCCCUCCAGGUGAGGGAGAGAGUGAGGACAACCAGCUCCACCCAUGCCCUGCAGACCCAGAGGAACAGGAAUGGCAUCAGGAAACAAACCCUGAGGACUUGGAGACACUGUCCCAUAAGAGCGAAAGUCGAUCGGAUACAAAAACAGAUCCCUUUGAAAGUGCUUCUGAGGCAGAGUCCCUCCCGGGUGACCUCGCUGGUGGAGUUGGCCUCUCCACAGAAAGAGAAGCAGGCUGGGGAUGCCCUGAGGACUCAACAGUUGGACUUCCCCAAGGGCGGCAUUUGGUCUGUGAUGAAGGGCUCCAUACAGAAGAAGAGCUGGAUCUACCCUCGGGCUUAAAGGCAGGUUCUCAGCUAAGUAAAUUGCACAUGUUGACUGCUGGAAAACGGGAUGCAGCAUGCCCCUGCAGCUGUGUGACUAGCUUGGUACAGGGGUCUGUGCCAGCAUCUGUGUGCCUCUCAAAGCAUGCCGGCAGCAACAGCAGUCCCCACCUGCGAAAGGCCAGGUCUAGGGGCUAUCUGGAUGCCCCUGUGGUCUGUCCUUGCUUUCGCCGACACUGUGAAUUAGGUCAGAGCUGGCCACAAAUCCACAUCAGGACUGCAGCAGCAAAGAUACCUCCCAUAGGCUCACAGCACAAUGACUUCCCUCUGUGGAUCAGGACCAAGAAGGGGCCGGCUCCAAGGCCCACAGUGGGCACAGACUUGUUCUGGGUUCACCCCUUCCUUGGCACAGCCUGUCAACCUCGAUCGGGCACACCUCGUCUCUUAGACGCCAAGUGUCAUCAGAGUGCCCCAGAAAAUCUUGGUGCCAAUGCCAAGACACCUCAAGGGCACUUCUGCCAGCAGGUAAAGACUCUGGUCAGGGCCCAUUCUAUAGCUUUGUUUCCUUUAGGUUGUCCUAAAGAGCCUCUGAAGCAGAAAGGUACAAAUUGGCCCUACUUGCGGGAAGGGACAGAAAUAGAACCCGACCACCCAAUCCUUCGAAACACCCUUUCCCCUGGGCCCACCCAGCUGUCUUAUUUACUUCCUACUUCUCAAAGCAGGGCCCCUCCUUUGCAGGGUGAGUGCAAGCUGAGUGAUUGUAGCUUUAAGAGGGCAUCUCCAGACACACCCUGUGUAGGCCUUCCACUGGAAAACCAGGUAGAACAGGCUUCUAGGUCAUGCCCAGCUCCUUCCCACCUUACUUCAGAAUUGCUGAAGCUCAACAGCCAAGAGGAAGUGCCCAGGCCGGCUGAAUGCAAGCCAGGGCACAGCUCAGAAAGCAGACUUGAGGAGCCCAAAGGUGUCCACCCUGCUGAUGUUAUCAGUAAACAAAAGCGCCUGCUAAACAUCUCCGGAGAGGCAGGAAGCCAGACGGGUGCUCUCCAGGAGGAGAGAAAGCCGCCUGAUAGGGCCUCCUUCUUCCCACAACGCUGCUGCCAUGGUGAGGUACCUGUGUGCAACAGAAGGCUUGCGGGUACCUGGGAAGAAGAGAAAGAUAGCGCCUGUGCCCCAAAGACAGACCUGAAAUCAAAUGUAACUGGCUCUUUAGAAGCAGCAGAAGAGGGCGUGGUUCUAGACCUCCAACGCAAUGGGAAUGCCUUGCAAAGUCUUUUGGACUUUUCAACAGUGGGAGUAUCUCACUGCAACCCUGGGAGUGAGUGUGCACAGGGACCUGGGGAUGAGCCAGAGCCUUUCCCUUCUGGCCAGCCGCAGGCUCGGGGAGCCCACGGGGCCUCUAGGCACAGCUGCAAAUUCAUUAUGAUAGCAGUAAAGCAGGAAGGGAGGCAGAUCUCCACAAGGAAGGCUCGCUGUCUCCUAGAAUCACAGUGUGGGCACCUUCCAGAGAAGGGGACAAGCGCUGCGGCUUAUGAGUCUCCCAGGGCCUCAGAAAUGCCCGAGUGUGGCAAUGAAUGUGAGCUGCCGGGAUGUCCAGGGGCAGAGGCGGGUGGUGGGGCUCCUCAGCUGCUGGCCCAAGGCAUAGAGCAUGUGAGAGUGCCAGUCUCUAGGACUGCUUCCGGUGACACUUUGAGCUCAGAAGAGACCCUGGAGGGCGAGCUGCUUGGGGAAAGGUCAGACUUAGGGUCUGAGUGUGUACACACCGAGCAGAACCAGGAGUUGCCCAGCUCAGAACGCAGGUGUGGCACAGGCGAUGCGGAGGUUGUGGAAAUCUCCGGCACGUGCGCAGGCGAGGUAGAGGUUCCCCUUUCAGGAGUCUUGGCUUCAAGCACCACAACGCAGGGGUUCCAGGAACCAUGCAGCAGCGGGUUUCAGCAGGGUUUGCUGGAGUCAGAGCAGCGCCCUGCCUGUCUUCAGAUGACCCCUUCAAGAACUGACAGGCCCUGGUCCAGGGAGCUGCCUGGCAGGGACAUACCCUACAGCCAGGCCUUAAUCUCAGAGGGCUUGAACCCAGUUUGCUCUAGCCCCGAAGAAAGGGUCCCCCACAGUCCCUGCCAGGGAGAACCACCUCUACACCACGUGCACCAGAGCGUAUCUCUGGAGACCCAAUCUGGUAUGAUUCAAGUAGGGACAUCUGGGGACCUCAGCGGUGAAGGACCUUCCCCAGAAAGCUACAACAUCAAGAGACUGAAAGCAACAGAGAGCAGGAUCAAAGCCAGGCUAGCCUUAGCCCAUAAGACCUUUACCAAUUUUUUUGAGGCCAAAGUUACGGAGAAAACAAAUACUGGCUCUGUCAAAGGCGAGAAAGAGAAGCGCAGGCGAGCCCAGGGCUCCUGGCGUGCGUUUCUGAGAAGCAAAGACGCGGAAGGCUCCAAACGACCCGUUUUAGUGAGUGGGGUUCCAGAACCAGACUUUCCCCAACUCCUCUGCUCUUCCCCACCAGCCACCAGAAGCCACUGUGAGAAGUGGACAAUUGACACCGACAGCCAUGUGUUUGGGGAGCCCUGGACACCCCUAAACUCUCCUGCAACUCUGUCCUCCAGCCGUCUGGCUUCUCCGGAACACCGGAGGAGAAGUGAACCGACCAUUGGACGCACUGCUACCCAGGAAAGCAGUGCACACCUCUCUUCUGGGGUCUUCCCAAAGUCUUCCUGGCUGACCUCUGCCACCAGCCCUGGGGCAACGCAGAUUGACAUCAGUUAUGCCCUCCCCUGCAGCUCUGCCUGCCAUUUGACCUAUGAGAACCAAGACAUGCCCUGCAGACCUACAAGUCCCAAGCCCAGGAGUCCCAUGGCUGGGGCGCAGAGGGUGGAUCUCUGCCUUAGAGGCAGGACUAGUGCGGUCUCCAUGGUCUCUCUCAGAAGCGACAAGGACACCAACAGAAGUUCAGAAGUCCCCGAACGGCCCAAGGCAUCCAAGGCCAGGGCGAGCCUCUUACUCUCUCUGCAAACACUAAACCAGAACGACCAGAAGGAAGACAGGAGUGAGUGCCAGUAUUACCAUGGCCUGGGCACAGUGCCCUUCCUUAGGGACCAUCCUGGGAAUGAGAGCUACAUUGCCCAGGAAAGCCUACCAGACAAGAAGCUCAAUUGUUCCCAUGAUCAGAAAACUUCUUACAGAGAGCCUACUCACAGGCCGGUAUCUGCCACUGAAGUAGUGACACGGACCCUCCCCUCCAUCUCCGCAGAGCAAGUCCCCAGAGAGGUCCCUUUACAGUUCAGGAGGGCCCCUCCACACUCACACUUCAGCUUCGAUGACAUAUGGCUCGAAAAGACUCAGAGGAGGAAGCUGGAGAAACAGAUGCUGUUUAGACGACAGAUGUGCACAGGGUUAGUGCCUGUGGACCCAGUUCAGUGCUGGAGGAAGACAACCGUCACCUCUGCAGAGUCUCCGCAGCUUCCUAGAAGAAGUCACCUGCUCUCCCAGAGUGCCCCAAUGGGACUGGACCACACAGGCUGGCCAGAGCCCACGUCUGACACCGGGAUGCCGGACGGAACUCUGGACACUGCGUGCGCCGAAGAGACGGGCAGUGAGGAGGACCUGUAUGAAGAGCUUCACAACUCUGGCCACCACUACAGCCACCCUAGAGGAGGUGGAGAGCAACUGGCCAUCAACGAGCUCAUCAGUGAUGGCAGUGUGGUGUGUGCCGAAGCCCUGUGGGACCAUGUCACCAUGGAUGACCAGGAGCUGGGCUUCAAAGCUGGGGAUGUCAUCGAAGUGAUGGAUGCCACCAACAGAGAAUGGUGGUGGGGCCGAGUGGCAGAUGGCGAGGGGUGGUUCCCUGCCAGCUUUGUACGGCUGCGCGUGAACCAGGAUGAGCCCGCGGACGACUAUGAGGCCCCGCGGGCCGGGGCUAGAGAGGCCGAUGACAGCGGUCCAGAGGCCCAGAGCUGUAAGGACCAGAUGCGCACAAAUGUCAUCAAUGAGAUCCUCAGCACUGAGCGGGACUACAUCAAGCACCUUCGCGACAUCUGCGAGGGCUACGUCCGCCAGUGCCGCAAGCGGGAGGAUAUGUUCAGUGAAGAGCAGCUGCGCACCAUCUUUGGGAACAUCGAGGACAUCUACCGCUGCCAAAAGGCGUUUGUGAAGGCUUUGGAGCAGAAGUUUAACACGGAGCGGCCACACCUGAGCGAGUUGGGGGCCUGCUUUCUGGAACACCAAGCAGACUUCCAGAUCUAUUCUGAGUACUGCAACAACCACCCCAAUGCCUGUGUGGAACUCUCCCGCCUCACCAAGCUCAGCAAGUACGUGUACUUCUUCGAGGCCUGCCGGCUGCUGCAAAGGAUGAUUGACAUCUCUCUGGAUGGCUUUCUGCUGACCCCGGUGCAGAAGAUCUGCAAGUAUCCCCUCCAGCUGGCGGAGCUGCUCAAGUACACACAUCCCCAGCACAGGGACUUUAAGAAUGUUGAAGCUGCCUUGCACGCCAUGAAGAAUGUGGCCCAGCUCAUCAACGAACGGAAACGAAGACUUGAAAACAUCGACAAGAUUGCUCAGUGGCAGAGCUCCAUAGAGGACUGGGAGGGGGAAGACCUUCUGGUCAGGAGCUCGGAACUCAUCCACUCGGGGGAGCUGACCCGUGUGACACAGCCUCAAGCCAGGAGUCAGCAGAGAAUGUUUUUUCUCUUUGACCGCCAGCUCAUCUACUGUAAAAAGGAUCUGCUCCGCCGGGACGUGCUGUACUACAAGGGCCGGCUGGACAUGGAUGACCUGGAGGUGGUAGAUGUGGAAGACGGGAAGGACCGAGACCUCCAUGUGAGCGUCAAGAAUGCCUUCCGUCUGUACUGUGGUACCACGGGGGACAGCCACUUACUGUGUGCCAGGAAGCCAGAACAGAAGCAGCGCUGGCUGAAGGCCUUUGCCAGAGAGAGGGAGCAGGUGCGGCUGGACCAGGAGACAGGCUUCUCCAUCACCGAGCUGCAGAGGAAGCAGGCCAUGCUGAACGCCAGCAAGCAGCAGGCCACAGGGAAGCCUAAAGCUGUGGGCAGGCCAGGAUACCUGACCCGCCACAAGCAUCCAUCAUUGCCUGCCAGCCGGCCCCAGCAGCAGGUGUUGGUGCUAGCAGAGCCCAGGCGGAAGCCAUCUAACUUCUGGCACAGCAUUAGCAGACUGGCGCCUUUCCGCAAGUGAGUCAGCAUCCAUCAGACAACCUGACAGGCACUUUGUGGACCCGUCCUUUCCUCUCUGAGGCCUAUACCAUCAGGCCCUCUGCCUGCUUUACAAACUGGAAGUGAACAGGCACAGGGCCAUGCUGUAUGAAGACUGGGCCCUGCCUCUGGCCCCUUCCCCAUGGCUAGUGUGCAGGUACCAGCCUCUGACUAUACUCUGGACCUGCGCAGAGCCUCCAUCAAUGGUAAGCCUGCACGCCACAGCUCUAAACCUCUGGCCAGGCUGUGCCCAUAGGCGCAUCUGCUCUGGACAUUCUUUGGAAAGCUAUCAUCUCCACUCUCCUGUUUCCUCUGGGUGGGAAACCAAAAUCUGUGGCCAUGAGCCACCUGCCAAAGUAGGUGUGUGCCCCCUCUGCUCUUGUCCCUUCAGGCCCCCAGUGCACUUGCAACCUGAGAGGUCAGGAACCAGGAAUUCUGCACUAACUCUACCCAUAGCUGUCCUUAUGCCUCCUGGUCCCUCUAGACACUGCUGGCUGCCAGACACCCUCUUUACUUGUGACAUGUGUAACGAGAACAAAACCAUACAGUCAACUGUGUCCCUGGUUCCAGGUUAGUGACAGUUCCCUGUAGCUGGGGUGGCUGCACACACACCCACCCACCCCCUGUUCACUAUGAUUUUGGUUGUGUUGUUUCUCUAACACUGGAGAAUUGUUAAUGACACAGAAAGAUUGCCUUACCCUAGUAAGUGUGAGAAGCCAUAAGGACUGGACUCUGUGGCCCCUCAUGGACGGCCUCCUCGUGGGGCACAUGGCCGGGCCUGCACAUGGUGCAGAGCCUACAGAACUCGGAAGUAGGGGGUCACUCUUGCGCUGCAUCUUCUCUAAUCCAAAAGACACAUUUAAUUUCAUAAAGAAACGAAUGAAAAGUGACCUGGCUGCUGGUCAGCUGGCGGUGUGUGUCAGUUUCUUCUUGUGUGCUGUCAUCCCUCCUGGGGCUGGUGCCCCGCCUCUCCUCUUCUGUUCUCAGCCUAGGGGAGGCGCUGCUCACUAGACCACAGCCUCAGGGUUAUGGCAGAAGUGGCUUAAGGUCAUUGUUGCAGAGGCCCCAAAGAGGGGUGCAAGAAAGCAGGCCAGGGAGCCCUGGACAGCAGGUGGACAGACUCCCUUCUCACCUCCAAGUACACGAGGCACACGUGGGCUUAGAGGUGGGCUCAGCAUCUUCCUUGCUAAACUGAGGGACCCAGGAGGCUUAUGUAGAACUGCAGAAGCCUACACCUCCUACAGUACUUAGGAGGGCCCUCCACCAAAGCCAAUCAAGGCUGAACACACAGCCUUGUCCGAGUCCCCUAGGAACUUCUUCACUGGGGGAAGUGGUAGCAAGUGCUAGUCAGACCGUCUCCUCUGAAAACACUCCCAUGAAAAGAUCAGAAUAUGCAACACAAGUCAAUCUUUAUUGAAAACUGCAGUAUUAAUUACAUAACAAUUCUGGCUACAAUAAACGUGCUUUUAAGGGUUUAAA